CAUCAACAAAAAUGCCAAGGGGAUAACUUUUUGGAAUUUGGCCUACUGCUGUCUCUUUGACUUGAAGCUGGCAUAGAGUUAGCAACACUCUGUCUAUCUCGGGAGACAAGAAUUUUAUUGAGUCUGUAUUCCUGUAGGUUUCCUCCGUGUGGUCACUGGUCCUACCAGCAGCGCUCCUCAGAAUGUACAGCUUCAUGGGAGGUGGCUUGUUUUGUGCGAUAGUUGGAAACAUCCUCCUGGUGGUUUCCACGGCAACGGACUACUGGAUGCAAUACCGCCUGUCUGGGGCUUUUGCCCAUCAGGGGCUGUGGAGAUACUGCAUGUCCGGGAAGUGCUACAUGCAGACUGACAGUAUUGCCUACUGGAAUGCUACAAGGGCCUUCAUGAUACUCUCCGCCAUGUCCUGCUUUGCUGGAAUAAUUGCUGGGAUCCUGUCCUUUGCUCACUUCUCCGCCUUUGAGAGGUUCAACAGGUCCUUUGCAGCUGGGAUCAUGUUUUUUGUCUCCACUCUUUUUGUGCUCCUGGCUAUGGCAAUUUACACUGGGGUGACGGUCAAUUUCCUUGGGAAACGCUUUGGUGACUGGAGAUUCUCCUGGUCGUAUAUACUGGGUUGGGUUGCUCUUCUUAUGACAUUCUUUGCAGGUAUAUUCUAUAUGUGUGCCUACAGAAUGCACGAGUGCAGAAGAGUUGCUGGACCACGUUGAAAUCAUUUUUCAUUCAGUGUAAAAUCAGGCUUGAAACCUUGCAGACAGGCUGGGUUGAGGAGAAAGAACAUUUUUAUCGAUGAUGUAACAAUAUUAAAAAGGACUGUAUAAAAUGGCUCAGACUGCUACAAAGCUAAGUCUUAUGUUUCAUUGUUUUCCACUAGAUCUCUGACUAAUUAAUUUUUAAAAUGAAUCACAUGGAAGAAUGUAGUUCAAGUUCUUUUUAAAAUAAAAAGAGGAGGUAUGCUGUAACACACAUCAAAUUGGAUCUUAAAUAAAGAUUCUAAACAAUACAGUGUUGCUCUACUGCUAUUGAAUCAUAGUAGAGUAGAGUAGUUUAUUCCCGUAUGUACACAAACUGUACAUUGGCAUUCUUAACCGCGCUGAUCUCUCAGGACAUACAGAGUAAAACAGACAACACCACGCAAUGUAGACAACUGGAACAAUAAAGAUGUUGUGGGAAGAUAAAUAGCAGUGAGGCAAAAAAACAACAUAUUAGGGUAUUUUCAUACUGUAUAUUAUCUAAUCACUAAUGAUGGCUAUAAAGCAUGCCAGAUGGGAUGCCCACCUGGAAGACACACAGCAGCCAUUCUGCACCAGCAAACUAUGACUUAGCCAGAAUAGAAUAUAAAGGUUGCUAUACAGUAUGCUAUGCAGUAAUAAAUGUGUUAUUUAGUGAGGUUUAAAAAGAGAAAUUACUAUACUAUCAAUCUUUUGCAACAGAUAUUAAUGUAGACAAGUGUAAUGAAUUAAAAAUGGAAAAAAAACAUUAAAAUAUUUCAAUCAAAAAUUUAAUCCACCGAAUAACUGAAUUCCAUCAUAUAAGUAUAAUUUUUUUACAGCAGGCUACUGUUAAAACAUUUACCUUUGCAAGUAACGCGUAUGUAAAGGGGAUUUACAGCACAUAUAAUGAAAAAGUACAUCAGGAGUAAGAUACAGGAGUGAGCUAGCCCCAAAUUACGUUUUGCUUUUAGUAUACUUCACAGCACCAUUUAUUUAAACUGUCCGAAUUAACCUUCUCAUAAUUCAUGUAUGAUUGAUAAGGGUUCAGAUGAUUUUCCAUAGCAUUUUCAAACUGAACAAUUUUUAAUUUGCCCCACUUUUACAUUUCGGAUUAUGGGUACGGCAAUCUGACAUCAAAGUGUUAUAUAAUUACAGUAUAUGAUUAAAAGUGAUAUGACAAUAUACUAUUGUCUCUCUUCAAUAAUUUUGGGAAAAAUAACAGUUUCAAACAUUUUAUGUUUUUGACGUGAAGCCCUUUGAUUGUGGUCAAAGGCCAACUCAGCUUUUUUUUUAAUUAAAUCAAUUAAAAUAUAAUUGAUAUAUAAUAUAUAUAUAUAAUAUAAUAAUGUUCUUGAAUUCUGGGGUUGGGUGCCACACAUGGCUUUGCUGCUUCACAACUCUUUGCUCCUAGGUUGAUAUCAACCUCCUUUAGUGCCUUCUGCAUAGAGUUGCAUGUUCUCUCUAUAUUUUCUGUAUGUGGGUUUUUCCAGGUUUCCUCUUUGAAAAUCCGAAGGAAACUCUGCCUCCCUGGUUAGAUUAAGCUAGUUCUGUUCCCCGGCUUGUGGAAGCUCAUUUGCAGUUACAGUAAAUAAUGACAGCCCAGACACUCGCUGCAAAUGUGCAGAACAAGUGUCUUUAAUAGCUGAGCCUCUUUCUUUUUUGACAACCAGCCCUUCUGUCAAGGAUGUCGGAAAGGACGAACCGUGGAAUGACAGGAGAGCAUGAAAGA